AUGGACUCUUCUAAUAUUAAUAUUUAUGAAUAUGAAGGUUUUAUAGAUGCAGAGGAUGAGGAUGAAUUCAAUUUUUUUUUGAAACAGAAUGAACAUGAAGAAUUUGAGGAUUCUGAAUACUGA